AGAAUAUACAAUGAACUACAAUGUCUGCUAAGGUGUUAUUAAGGAAGUUAGCUAAAAACUCCUCAGAUGCAGUAGAGUGGAGCCUGGAGCCCCUGGUGAGCUCCACCCCUUCUUUAUACCAGCUCCCACCCCUGGAGGAGGGGGCCCAAACUAACUUCUCCUUGCUCCGUAUACUUUGCAAUAAUACCUGUACUUCAGCUCCCAUUGAUCAGAAUCAAUACUUCUCAGUUAAAGAGGUUUUAAUCCUCAUGUUCAUGAUCGGAUUAUGGAUUUAUUCCAUCCUUCUGACAAGAAAAGCUUGGUACAGAUUACUCAAAGAAUAGUGAAGGAACCUAAACUGGGUCUGCUUCUCAUCCAAACCUAAACUGGGUCUGCUUCUCAUCCAACAUCUUCAUUUUCAUCCAACAUAUGUGUAUAUUUAUGAAGGAACUGAUUGCUUCUCUCAAUCUCUAAUUUUCUAGUCCUUUUAUCUUUAACCUGUGCUGUGUUGGGAACUUUUAAAUGGGAUCUAUCCUUAAUCCCGAUCGGUUAAUUAAUCUGGAGAUCAGUAACAAGAGGAAAACAAG